AUGUUUCCCCUUCUGCCCCUAGUAGACAGAUCUCAUCACUUCAGCAUUCAGACUGUGCUGGACAGCAAAAUUAUAUGGCCGCUGAUUUUAGUUACAGAGGUUUUCAUAUACAGCUCCUAUGGCAUUUUUGUCAACCUGAGUCGCCUAGAAGGAGAUGUUCAGUACCAGUCAUCAUCACUAGUGCUUAGUACAGAAGUAUUAAAGUUUAUCAUGGCACUUCUAAUGACAUGGCCAGAUGUUAGAAGCAAUGGGUUCCCUCCAGUGAAACUGAAGAAUGUUCUACAUUUCUCAAUACCGGCUGUUUGUUAUUGCCUCAAUAACAAUCUUGCUGUGCUUAUGCAAGAUCAGAUGGACCCAGCUACAUUCCAGGUUUUAAGCAAUCUGAAAAUAGCAUCAACUGCCCUGCUAUAUAGGAUCAUUAUGAAAAGAAGGCUGAGAACAUUACAAUGGCUUUCCCUUGGUCUUCUUACUUUGGCAAGCGGUCUCAACAGCUAUAAUGGACUGACUGAAGAAGUUUUGUCUUUGCAGACAAUUCAUAUAACCCCACAGGGAUUAGUUAUGGCUUUUGUAUAUUGCUUUGUCUCUGGGUUUGCUGGUGUGUACACAGAGUACAUCCUCAAGAGGGACAUGAAGAUUUCCCUACCACUUCAGAACUGUUUCUUAUACACUUUUGGCAUUCUAUUGAACCUGCUGGUAUGGCUGUUUCAGUCUGAUGAGAGUCUUGAUUUCUUUCAUGGCUACACCAUUUAUACUUGGGCCAUAAUUGUCAGCCAGGCUGUGAAUGGACUGGUGAUGUCCCUGAUCAUGAAACACAGCACGAACAUUGUCAGACUGUUUGUCAUUACAUCUGCAAUACCUGUUGCCACAGUUCUUUCUAUCUUUAUAUUUCACCUGCAGCCUGGUUUUGAGUUUUUGAUAGUUGUCAUUUUAGUUACCGUGGCGAUUUACAUAUACAAUCAUGCUCCUAAAUCUUGA